UGCUAUGCGUCUGGCCCUUCUCCGGACUCGGGCAGUGUAAACUAAGUCCAGAUCAGGUAGACGGCAUCCCACAAUCCCCUGUGCUGUCCUCACCACCCGGGCUAGGUUCUUCCUGUCCUGUGCUGUGCAGUUGCCAUACCACACUGUCACGCUAAGACACAGGAUGCUCUCGACAGUGGCUCUGUAGAAGUUUAUGAGCAGUUGGGAAGAGAGCCCCAGACCUCUUCAACUUCCUGAGAAAGAAGAGCCGUUGUUGAGCCUUCUUCACCAGGUGUGAAGUGUUCACAGACCAGGAGAGGUCGGAGGAAAUGUGGAUGCCCAGGAUCUUUAUGCUGUCUACACGCUCCACCUCCUUUCCAUGUAUGCUGAGCGGAGCGUGUACAGUCUUCCUGGACCUCCUGUAGUCCACUAUGACCUCCUUGGUCUUGUUGGUGUUUAGAACAAGGUUGUUCCCGGAGCACCACUGGGUCAGGUUCUGGACCUCUCCUCUGUAGUGGGUCUCGUCGUUGUUGGAGAUGAGACCCACUAUGGUGGUGUCAUCUGCAAACUUCACAACCAUGUUUGUGGAGUGGAUGGCAGAGCAGUCGUGUGUGAAGAGGGUGAAGAGGACAGGGCUUAGCACACAGCCUUGCGGUGUGCCAGUGUUGAGGGUUAGUGGAGCAGACGUGGACUCCCCUAUCCUCACCACCUGUGGCCUGUUGGUGAGAAAGUCGCUGAUCCAGGAGCAGAGUGAUGUUGACAGAAGCUUGCGGGGACACAGGAGCUGCUUGUCUGCUGCUGCCUCGUGUGGUCACUUUGUGUCACUGAAGUCAAUCCGAAACAAAGGAUUUUAAAGGCCGAUGUCACAAAAUGAGACAUCUGAACUUAGUGAAUAAAAAAUAUUAGUUUAAUUAAGUCCAGUCCAAUCCAAAAUAAUUUUUCUGCUUGGUGAGUGGGGCUUAAUACUCCACCUACCAGUGAGGCAGUAGUUCAGUCUGCGAAUGUGCUGUCCAUGGGCACCCAGCGCGCUCUUUGCGCACAGAUCCACUAGUCUGAGAGGUUAUACAAACGGCUAGUAGGAAGAGGGGUACCUGGAAGUAAGUCAAUAGCACAGUCGUAUGGGCAUUAGGACCCCCCCAAAAAAUCUCCCGUGACCAAUCUGUGGGUCCCAACCCAGUGUUUGGAAACUACUGCAUCACCGUGCAGUAGUUUCAACAGUUGUUUCAGCUGUGGAGCUGAUGAUGUCACAGGAGGCAGGUCAGAGUUCAUAUAGAGUGAGUGGACAGGUAAACUCUGCACACACACACACACACCUGUGAGCUGCUGCCACGUCUGCUGAAGAAGAAAAACUUCAGCUUCAGCGUCAGUCGUCAGAUUUUCGUGGCGCUCGUCCUUCAUGACCUUCACAAACCAGUCUCACGCUAACGUCACUGCUGGACUUCAGUAUCAGAGUUUUCAGGAGAUUCUGAUUCUGAACAUUGCCAGCACAGUUCCCUGCUGUGUGUUCCUCUUCAUCAACGGGACCAUGUUGUACACGCUGCGCAGUAAAGCCGUGUUCUGCGACACGUCUCGUUACAUCCUCCUCUAUAACCUCCUGUUGGGCGACACCUUGCUGCUGAUGCAGAGUCAGCUGCUCUACCUGCUCUCUACGCUCAGGGUGACGAUGACGUACGCCGCCUGCGCCGCCGCGCUCAUGGCCACUAGACUCGUCACCAGCAUCUCUCCGCUCACACUGGUGGUGAUGUCACUGGAGAGAUAUGUGGCCGUGUGCCACCCACUGAAACACGCCACCAUCAUCACCAUCAGGAACACGGCACUGGCCAUUGUCGGAGUUUGGGCCCUCAGCUCGCUGAACAUCCUGACCCAAGUUCUUCUUCUGCUAAAGUUUGGUUUUGUAGACGUGGCCUUUCUGUACACUAAAGACUUCUGUGGCAGAGAGAACAUUUUCCUCAAUCCAGAGUCCAAUCUUUAUGCCACAGGUUACAUGAGUUUUGUGUUUGUUCUGACGACCGUGGCCAUCGUUUUCUCCUACAUCGGCGUCACGAUCGCGGCCAGGUCGGCGUCCUCCACGGACAAAGCCUCGGCGCGCAAAGCUCGCAGAACGCUGCUGCUGCACCUGGUUCAGCUGGGCCUCGGCCUCCUGUCGACGAUACACAACCCCAUCCUCUACUCCAUCUCCACCAGUCUGGGCCGAGUCAUGAUCGUACGAAUGCAGGUUCUUCUCUACCUGUGUGUCAUUAUUCUGCCCAGAUGCCUCAGCGCUCUCAUCUACGGCCUCAGAGAUCAAACCAUCAGACAUGUCCUGGUGCAACACCUCCGCUGUCACUGCAGACCAUAGAGCAGUGGUCAGCAACUGGUGGCUCAUGGGCCACAACUGGCCCACCACCAAAAUUUCAACAAAAAUGACAAUUUCAUCCAGAAUUCAAAGCUUUUAUUCUGGAAAAAAAAACACCACCUGAAAGAGAUGCUGUUGCUAGAAUUGACAAAUAAGUGACAUAUGCUUGGUUUGAAAUAUUAGAAAUAAAUCACUGCUGUUGUAAUGGAGAGUGAAUGUGUGUAAAAUGACUAUUAGCAUAUGUUUGGCUCAAAAUUGAAAUGAUUAAUAAUUAUUAUUAGUAGUAUACUAAUGGUUUAGUUUAGUUUAAUAGUUAUAGUUUCUUAAGAGCAUUUUGAAGAGCAUUGAUUUAACCAUGGAAUAACCUCAGAAUAGGCUAAAUGUCAUAGAUGGACGACUUCUUCAAAGUAAGAGUACUCACAAAAGAACAGAAAUGUAAGAAGAGUGGUAAAUACUGUUGAAUUUAUGAAUGAUUUUCCCAUUGAAAUCAGUGGUAUAGUGACAUCUGACCUGAUUUCCUCUGCUGUAUUUCAGUAGAACAGUAGUCAUGUGUAUCUUUACUCAAUAAUCUGCUGUACUGUCAGCGGUAAAAGAGAGAGCAAAGUAAAUAAAGAGGGACUGAACUAAGUUUAAAAUAAAAUGUCAUCCAAAGACCUUUACUUAUGAUUAUCAAAAAACAUUACAGUGUCAAAUUUUCAACUGACGUCCAGAGUUUGAAACUAAACCCUGACACAUAAUCCAAGAGUGAAGAUCUAUAUCUAUAUAGAACAUGUAUAGAAAUGAAUAUAGGUAAACAAGAAAAUGCUUAUUUUUGUCUGAGUUCAUAAAAUGCAGUUCUGUGGGUUUUUUGAAUGAAUUUGUUCAUAAAAGAAUACAAUUCUGCUGACAUGCAAUUAUUUUGUUUUUCUAAUUGUCUUAAUUAAGAUUUAAAAAGAAUGUCAGUUUAAUAAAGGCCAGUUUUUAGUUAUCGUCAU